UACACAUAACUGUGUGUUUGAUUUGUCUAGUGAAAUUAAUUCGUGAAACCGAUCAGCUGAGCAUAAAAACAUAUCUAUUACGAAACUGUGCAAACGAAGUAAUACUUUCCAAAACGCGAACUCUCAGAGCUCGCAUCAACGCUCAUUAGAACGCCCAUCAUAUUGAGUCAUUAAUUAAACACUAGUAAAUUUAACACUUGUUCUCAAGGUUGCAUCAAUAAAAGACCUAAAGAUUGCUUGGAAUAUAAUGGUGAUAUUUUAAAAAUGGGCGAGGAAAACGAUCGUGAAGGCGGGAGGAGCGGACCGAAGAAUUGCUUGUUGAAGAUUGUGAUUCUGGGCGAUGGUGGAGUAGGGAAAUCCUGUUUGAUGAGCAGAUUCAUUUCGAACCACUUCGAUGACCAUAGCUUCCAUACUAUAGGCGUGGAGUUCAUGAAUAAGACUAUAGAGGUGAAUGGGAGGCAGUAUACUUUACAAGUAUGGGACACAGCGGGCCAAGAGCGGUUCAAAUCCCUCAGAACACCAUUCUACCGCGGAUCAGACAUCUGCAUACUGGCGUACUCAGUGGACGACCGGAGUUCGUUCCAAAACGUGAAAAUGUGGCUCAAUGAGUUCCUGCACUACGCGGCUGUCAAGAAUGGCGUUGAGAGGUUCCCCUUCAUGGUUGUAGGGAACAAGUCAGACGUGACGUCACGCGAGCGAGAAGUGACAUACGAUCAGCUAAAACAACUGUGCGCAGAGAACAAGAUAUCAUCGUAUAUAGAAACGUCAGCUAAGAACGAUAAUAAUGUCAUCGAGGCUUUCACUAUGGCUGUUCAGAGGUGGGUAGAGCUCGAACAAGUGGCCGAAAAAGAAAUGGGCAUGCUCGAAAACCCGGACUCCAUUACCUUACAUGGCGACCGCGCCGGGUCCAACCUGCGCGCGACUUGCUGCUCUCGCUUCAGCGACGCUUGAACGCGAUCCGGUACAUUCCGCGAUGUUCUCUAAAGGCUAUAAUCCCGUGCACGUCUUAUUAGACGUAAGCAGGCAACUUCAGCGAAGUUUGAAACAUAUACAAUAUUUUUUAAGGAAAAUGGAAAUGUUCACACCUCCGGCGGGAUUCGAUCCUGCUAUCUAUUGUAUUGUAAUAUAUUUAAAAAUAUAGCCUGGCAAAAAACAGUAGGGGUGCCACCGUCUGUGUAAACCGUUUUGCAUUUGGCUACUACGUAUUUUAACACUUCUAUGAGAACAGUUAAUUGUUGAUCUUUUUGCCAAUCUGUAGUUUCUCGCGAAGUUCUGCAUGAUAAAAAAACGUUUUUGCAUGAUAAAAAAUGAGUACUUAUUUCUUACAAUGUUUCGAUAAUGGUCACUAAAGACCAUUUAAAGCUCAGAGAUUUGAACACUGUUUUGAACACGAAAAUACAUUCCUUUAUUCUAAAUGGCUAGAAUUUUUAUACGAAUAUUUCAAGGAUAAAAUUUCUCCUUAGAGAAAAAAAUUUCUUUCUAAGUUGACCAAAAAUAAAACGAUGAGAUAAAAACUUAAGUGUAAGUUUUGGAAGUGAUAUGUGAUCGAAUCACAAGUUUCGUUAAACGAAAUUAUUAUAAAAUAGGUUUCGUGUGAAAUAAUGAAAUUAAAAGCCUUGGCAUUUAGGCACUGGUCCCACCGAGAGCGAUGAGCUAUCGGCUAUAAAAAAGAACAAAAGAUAAUCGCUCCCGUGUAAAUAUAACCUAACAACAAAAUUAAAAUUU